AUGGCGCAAGACAAAAAGCUUCUUGUUGUUAAAAGAAUCCUCAGUAUCCAAAGUCUUGAAAAUGAACAACAACGGGAGAAUAUCUUCCAUUCUCGAUGCCAAGUUCAAGGGAAAGUCUGUAGUUUGAUCAUCGAUGGUGGAAGCUGUACCAAUGUGGCAAGCACUUUAAUGGUGGAGAGACUAGGCUUGACCACCACCAAACAUCCGAGCCCCUACAAACUCCAAUGGCUCAAUGACGGUGGCGAAAUCAAGGAAAAUCUUUUUAGCACUAAUGAAUUGCCCGAGGAAUUGCCCUCUUCUAUUUUGAGCCUUUUGCAGGAUUUCCAGGACGUUUUCCCGAAAGAGACUCCGAGUGGAUUACCACCUCUUCGAGGAAUCGAGCACCAAAUCGAUUUUGUGCCCGGAGCGAUAAUUCCAAAUCGACCUACCUAUAGAACGAAUCCUGAAGAAACCAAAGAACUACGAUGGCAAGUCAACGAAUUGAUGGAAAAGGGCUAUAUUAGAGAGAGUCUUAGUCCUUGUGCCGUGCCAGUCCUCUUGGUGCCGAAAAAGGAUGGUACUUGGCGAAUGUGUGUCGAUUGUUGUGCUGUGAAUAAAAUCACUAUCAAAUAUCGACAUCCGAUUCCUAGACUAGAUGACAUGCUAGACGAACUAAGUGGAGCUAAACUAUUCUCCAAGAUCGAUCUAAAAAGCGGAUAUCACCAAAUUCGUAUGCGAGAAGGCGACAAGUGGAAAACUAACUUCAAAACGAAACAUGGUUUGUAUGAGUGGUUGGUCAUGCCGUUUGGCUUAACCAACGCUCCUAGUACCUUUAUGAGACUCAUGAACCAUGUGUUGAGAUCCUUCAUUGUUAUCUUUCUUGGUUUUGUGGUUAGUGCACAAGGUUUGGAAGUCGAUCAAGAGAAGAUAAAGGCAAUACAAGAGUGGCCGAGACCUAUAUCCAUUAGCCAAGGUCAAAACAAUUUGAACAAGAGGCACGCUAAGUGGGUCGAGUACCUUGAGUCAUUUCCCUAUGUAAUUAAGUACAAGAAAGGUAAAGACAACGUAGUAGCUGAUGCCCUAUCGCGGAGGUACACUUUACUUUCUACUCUUGAAUCAAAGCUACUUGGGUUUUCAUUCUUAAAAGAAUUGUAUGCCAACGAUGUUGAUUUUGGAGAGAUUUAUUCUGCUUGUGAGCAUGUUGCAUUUGAGAAAUUUUAUAGGUUUGACGGGUUUCUGUUCAAGGAAGGUAAGAUCUGUGUUCCACAAAGCUCUGUUCGGGAUUUGCUUGAGCAAGAAGCACAUAGUGGAGGACUCAUGGGACAUUUUGGAGUUGGCAAGAUGUUAGCCACUCUUAACGAACAUUUUUAUUUGCCUAGGAUGAGGGACAUUGUUCGUUUACAUGGAGUACCGCGAACUAUCGUGUCAGAUCGAGACUCGAAAUUUCUUAGCCAUUUUUGGAGGUCACUAUGGGAUUCCAACUUGAGGACAAGUCACUUUGAAGAUAGGGGGAAUGAUGUGAGCACACCCGGGGCAUCCUUGAAUGCAAAAGAAGAUCAAAUCGAGCUUCCAAAGGGUCCCAUGACUCGAGCUCGAACCAAGCAAAUUCAAGAUGCUAUAACAGCCUUGGUGAUGCGCAUUUGGGAAGACAGCAAGGUCCUUGAUGUUGGAAGAGCUAAGGACGACUCCUUGAAGACUCCAUACACCCUUUUGCAAUUCGAUUUCAGCUCCUCCCCAGCUCCCCAUGCGCCAUUCAGUUUCCAUCAGCUCGCUUGA